GGGAUCGACAGCAGUAACCCGCAGUUCGUUCAGGGAGGGAGCAUCUGCACCUGCAACAUGCCAGACAUUGAUCCAUCUAAUCCCAACUCCAUCUUUGCAUGCAUUGAUGAUAUAUUUUUUCCAACUACAAUUUAGCUGAUCACAGCUUGCUUACCUGCUUGCGACGUGCAACUACCCCUUUUAACUCACCAGUCGCCACGGUGAUCAGUAUUCAUCAGUCGCAUGGUCAAUUUCGUCGUCACGUAUCGCAUCUCGACUCGACUCGAUUGUCUUUUUAAAGCCCAUCAUCCAUGGCGGGUCGCUUCGUUCGCGCGUCGAAAUAUCGACACAUUUUUGGCAAAUCUACGAGAAAGGAGUUUUGCUACGACAACCUGCACAUUAGCCGCAAUGCUUGGGACACAAACCUCGUCAAGGUCAACCCCGAAUACCUCUCUGUCAACUGGGAGUCCGGCGGCGGCGGUGCCUUUGCCGUGAUCCCACUCAGCGAGAAGGGCAAAGUUCCCGAUCAGAUCCCCCUCUUUGGCGGACACACGGCCGCCGUGCUCGACACAGACUGGCACCCCUUUAACGACAGCGUCAUCGCUUCGGCCUCGGACGAUGGCAAGGUUUUUAUAUGGCAGGUGCCGCAGGGCUUCACGCUACACACCGAUGCUGAGGAGCCUACGGACGUGGAGCCCGUGUCGCGCCUGACGGGCCACUCGCGCAAGGUGGGCCAAGUGCUGUUCAACCCAGCUGCCGAGUCGAUGCUGGCCUCGGCCUCGGGCGACCUGACCAUCAAGCUGUGGGACGUGACGACCGGCCAGGCGCACAUUACGCUAAAGCACCCGGACAUCGUCCAGAGCCUGUCGUGGAACGCCUCGGGGAACUUGCUGGUCACCUCUUCGAGGGACAAGAAACUGCGCGUGUGGGACGUGCGCCAGGAGAAGCCAGUCCACGAGGCGGCCGGCCACACGGGCGCCAAGAACAGCCGCGUUGUGUGGCUGGGAGAGCACAACCGCUUCGCGACCACGGGAUUUAGCCGCAUGAGCGAGAGGCAGCUGGCGCUUUGGGAACCCGGCAACACAGAGCCUAUCGGCGGUUUCAAUGUACUUGAUUCCAUCUCGGGAGUUUGCAUGCCUUUCUGGGAUGAUGGUUCCAAUUGCUUGUACCUUGCUGGGAAAGGUGAUGGCAACAUUCGCUACUUUGAGUACGAGAAUGACAAGUUUGAGUUCCUUUCCGAAUACAAGUCUGCGGACCCUCAAAGGGGUAUUGCAUUUGUACCUCGCCGUGGCAUUAACGUUCACGAGAACGAGGUUAUGAGAGCUUACAAAACAGUCAACGACGCUUACAUUGAGCCCAUCUCCUUCACCGUACCUCGACGUGCCGAGACAUUCCAGUCGGACAUCUACCCUCCUGCUGUGGGUCUGAAGCCCGCUAUGUCUGCACAGGAGUGGUUGUCGGGUAAGACUGCGUUGCCGUCCAAGAUUGACUUUGAGAGCAUUUAUGACGGCAAUGCCCCGGUUGAAGUGCCAGCGGACUACAAGCCCCCUGCCCAUGCCCCUGUUGCUAUGCCAUCUUCACCUGCCAAGCCUGCGGCGCAGAAGGAGCCCGAGCUCAAGCCCACUGUACGGUCGCCGCCUCCGUCCAUGGGUGAUCAGAAGCAAUCCAUCGCUACUAUGGCGUCCAAAUAUCAAGACAAUGAGGAGAGUGACGAUGAGGACGACGCGAAGAACACAGCGGAUGAUUCGAGCUUCGAGGAGUCCUCGAGACCAGCACCUCGCUCCGCUUUCCCAGCAUCGCAGAGCAAGCCCCCCGCGCCCAUCAAGACGGCAUCGCCUGUGGCAGCCAAGCCUUCCUCCCCUAUCAAAUCCCCGGAAACCUUUUCGCCAGCAGGAUCCAGAAAUGCAUCAUCCUCAGUCGCUCCGCCGACGACCAGCGGCGGAGGCGCGCCUUCGUCGUCGGUAGAGGCCUCUCUGGCUCAAAUCACGCAGCUCUUGGAAAAGCAGACCAAGAUCAUCGGUGAACAGAGCGACAAGAUUGGCCACCUGACCAACGAAGUCGAGACCCUGAAGAAGAGGAUUGGUGCAGGGAACCAGGAUCAAAGUGAACGCAUCAGGCAGCUUGAGCUUGAGCUUGAAGCUGCUCGAUCGUGAGAAUAUGAUGACCCUCACUCAGUUCGUGUGAGGAAACUACAGUGUGGAUGAAACCAAUAUGUGCACAGUAAAUGGAGGAGCCUGGAGAGUUAAGAAAAAGAAAGGGUUUCUUUAGCAAGCUGUCAAUUACAUUUGUGAUACAUCAAUUGCGACAUACCUAGUGCCAUAUAUAAUUUUGAAGUCUGAAGCUGCAACUCCGCCACGAUCAGUGAGGGAGUGUUAAUUCAUAGCCGCCACACAAUACCCACCCUCAUUUAUUUAGUUGUCAAUUACUAUCGAUAAUGCUAGUCUCUGCAGUCAUAACCG